GUUUUGUUUUUAAAUGCGCUCUGUUUCCUAUAUGGUGAUGUGUUAUUUAUUUAUUUUUCGCUAUAAUAGUGUGCCGUGAAUUAAGGAUGUGGACGGUGAAACAGUAAUAUUAUGUAUUAGGAUUAUUGAAAAUAUAUAUAUUAAUUUCAGGAUGAAUCUCUUACUCAGGAUGUGGCCUGUCAAGGUUUUUAUGUAUGCUGUACUUUCGGGUAUGAUAAGCAAUUUAGUUCUUUGCGAACUAUUUACGGCUGUUGUUGAUUUGGAGAAACUGUUAUAUACCGAGGGCGAACUCAUAAAGACUAUAGAUAAAUAUAUUGAAAUGGAAGAGAAAAGAUUGCAGGAAGUUAAAAAAUUGAAGGAAGAGUAUGGAAGGCUUCAUCAGGUUGCAUCUGUUGACUCACAGUCAUUUCUAGAAAAUCCAAUCAAUGCAUUUUUAUUAGUGAAACGACUGAGUGCUGAUUGGAAAGCUGCUGAAAAUUUAAUGUUAAAAAGUGCAGGCAAAGAUCUUAUUGAAAAUAUCACACAAACAAGAGAGGAUUUGAAGUUUCCUGAAGAUGAAGAUCUCACUGGGGCUGCUGAAGCACUACUGAGAUUGCAAGAUACUUAUAAAUUGGAUACCUCUACCUUAGCUCGUGGGCAAAUAUCAGGAACUAAGCAAUCACAUGAGUUAACAGCUAAUGACUGUUUUGAACUUGGAAGACAAUCGUAUAAUAAUGGAGAUCAUUAUCAUACUAUUUUAUGGAUGCAAGAAGCAUUAGACAGAGUUUCUGAAGAAACAAACAAAACAGUAGAUAAAGCUGAAAUACUUGAAUAUCUUGCAUUUUCAACUUAUAUGCAAGGGAAUACAAGACAUGCCUUGAAACUUACAAUCGACUUAUUAGAAUUAGUGCCUGACCAUCCAAGAGCUCAAGGAAAUAAAGCUUAUUAUGAAGAUGCUAUUAGAAAUGCUGCUCAUACAAAACGUGGAGAUGAUGGUGAUGUUCAGUUAGAUGGAGAUGUAAAUUAUUCUGAGUCCUCUAAAUUAGACAGUGAAUUAUCAGAAAGAGAGCAGUAUGAACAGCUGUGUAGGUCAGAAUCUGUAUCAAACUUUGCAGAGAGUAAAGAUUUGAAGUGUGAGUAUUUUUCAAAUGGACAUCCAUAUUAUUUUCUUCAACCUGUCAAGAAAGAAGAGGUUUUCAAAGCCCCCAAAAUAAUCCUUUUACAUAAUGUUGUUUCUGAGAGAGAAAUGGAAAUAAUUAAAUCUUUAGCUCAACCAAAACUUAAAAGAGCUACAGUUCAGAAUUAUAAAUCUGGAAAACUAGAAUAUGCAAGUUACAGGAUUAGCAAAAGUGCUUGGUUAAAAAAUGAAGAUCAUCCAGUUGUUGCUAAAAUAUCACAGAGAGUGGAAGACUUAACUGGCUUGACAGUGUCGACUGCAGAAGAGUUGCAGGUUGUAAAUUAUGGUAUAGGAGGACACUAUGAACCACAUUUUGAUUUUGCCAGAAGAGAAGAAAAAAAUGCAUUUCAAAGUUUAGGAACUGGAAAUAGGAUAGCGACUUGGUUACUUUAUAUGAGUGAUGUAGAUGCUGGAGGAGCUACUGUAUUUCCUCAGAUUGGAGUCACUCUUCAUCCAAGAAAG